AUGUCGAGAUCAUCGAUUGGGAAACAUGUUCUGGCGACCUGUGAAGUUCUUUGGAAAGUGCUGCAGCCCGUCGAGCUACCCAAACCAACAGAGCAACAAUGGAUAAGUAUGGCAAAAAGAUUUGGCAGCUUGUGGGACUAUCCUUUCGCUGUAGGCGCCAUUGAUGGCAAGCAUAUUGCUCUGGUGAACCCCUCCAAUAGUGGUUCAAUGUACUACAAUUACAAGGGAUUCCCCAGCAUUGUGCUCAUGGCACUUAGUGAUGCGGACUCCUGUUUCACAAUCGUCGACUGUGGACAAUACGGACGGGUAUCUGAUGCUGGCGUCUACCAGGCAUCCCAGAUUUCUCAACUCUUGCAGGAGAAUAGGUUGAAUAUUCCCGAAGAUAAUGUCAUAGUCAGUACAUCCGACCACUAUAUCCCAUAUGUAAUAGUUGGUGAUGAGGCGUUCCCUUUAAAAUCCUAUUUGAUGCGUCCGUUUGCAGCCAGGACGCUUGAUCGCCACAGGCGUAUAUAUAACUACAGGCAUUCUAGAGCCCGUCGUACAGUAGAAUGUACUUUCGGCAUCCUGGCGCGAAAAUUCGAGAUAUUUCAACGUCCCAUGCGUCUCCAGCCAGACAAGGCAGUGACCGUGACAAACGCGGCCACUGUUCUGCACAACUUCAUCAGGAGAAGAGAUGGCCACAUGACAGACCACACUUCAACGGUGCAGUAUGAGACUGAUGAUCGACCCAAAGGAGACGGUAUGUUACCACUUGCACGACAUCAGCGUGGUGGUAGGACAGGUGAAGCUAUGGCCGUCAGAGACAGAAUCACCGACUUUUUUAAUGACCCAGAUGGAAGUGUUGAUUGGCAGGAUCAACAUGUCUUCAGAAAUGUAGUUAUCAGUGAUGAUGAAAAUGAUAAUUGA